CCCGGCAGGAGCCCAGCAUCAGGAAGGAGUUUCGUUCGGCGGCGAGUCGUUCGCAGUCUCUGUCUCUGUGUGUUGUGUGUGUGUGUGUGAGAGAGUGUGUGUGUGAGUGUGUGUGUGUGAGUGUAUAUGUGUGUGUAUGUGUGUGUGUGUGUGUUGAGUGUUGUGUGUGAUGUCCCGGUGCGUUCGCUGUCUCCGAUACAGCGGAGACACGCCGAGGGGAAGCCCCAGACAGAAAGUCCAGCUCGGCGAGCAACCUUAGAAACACAGAAGCUGUCAGAAGCAGAAGAGCUUUUCUUUUCCUGAGCCACAUAUCUCUGCAGGUCAAUGGAGCUGGAGAAUAUAGUGGCCAACACGGUCCUGUUAAAAGCCAGAGAAGGAGGUGGAGGAAAACGCAAGGGUAAAAGUAAAAAGUGGAAAGAAAUAUUGAGGUUUCCUCACAUCACUCAGUGUGAAGAGCAAAGAAAAUAUGUAGAGAGAAACUAUUCCUGCUUGUGUGAGAAGCAGCCGAUUGGAAGGCUUCUUUUUCGACAGUUCUGUGAAGCUCAGCCCAGUCUUCAGCACUACAUAAACUUCCUUGACUCGGUGGCGGAGUACGAAGUCAUGCCAGAUGAAAAACGUGAAGAGAAAGGGCAAGAAAUGAUUAGUAAAUACCUCACCCCAGAGACCCCAGAAUAUAUAGAAGUCAGCGAAGAUAUUGUCCAACAAUGUAAAGAAAAACUUGAAAUAAACGCGUGCAAAGAACUCUUCUGUAACUGUGUAAAGUCGGUACACGAUUAUCUCAGUGAUCAGCCGUUUAAUGACUACCAGGAAAGCAUGUACUUCGACCGUUUUCUCCAGUGGAAGUGGCUGGAAAGACAAGCUGUAACAAAAAACACCUUUAGGCAGUACAGAGUUCUAGGAAAAGGCGGCUUUGGUGAGGUGUGUGCCUGUCAAGUCCGGGCUACAGGAAAAAUGUAUGCUUGUAAGAAAUUAGAGAAAAAGCGAAUAAAAAAGAGAAAAGGAGAAGCUAUGGCUUUAAAUGAAAAACAGAUUUUAGAAAAGGUUAACAGUAGAUUUGUAGUUAAUUUAGCUUAUGCUUAUGAAACAAAGGAUGCACUGUGCUUAGUUCUGACCUUAAUGAAUGGAGGUGACUUGAAGUUCCAUAUCUACAACAUGGGAAAUCCAGGGUUUGAAGAAGACCGGGCAGUAUUUUACGCAGCUGAAAUCUGUUGUGGCCUGGGAGAUCUUCACAAGGAAAAUAUAGUUUACAGAGAUCUGAAGCCUGAAAACAUAUUGUUAGAUGAUUAUGGUCACAUUAGGAUAUCUGAUCUGGGUUUAGCUGUGAAAAUUCCUGAAGGGGAUACGAUCCGUGGCAGGGUAGGAACAGUAGGAUACAUGGCGCCAGAAGUACUAAAUAAUCGUCGAUACACAUUAAGCCCUGACCUCUGGGGUCUGGGGUGCUUAAUCUUUGAAAUGAUUGCUGGACAGUCUCCAUUUAGAGGUCGGAAAGAGAAAGUCAAAAGGGAGGAGGUAGACAGACGAGUGUUGGAAACAGAGGAAACUUACACAGACAAGUUCUCUGAGGAGGCAAAGUCUAUUUGCAAGAUGUUGCUUACCAAAGACCCCAAGCAAAGAUUAGGCUGUACGGGAGGUGGUGCUUCAGAUGUGAAGAAAAAUCCAUUCUUCAGGAAUAUCAACUUCAAACGAUUAGAAGCAGGCAUCAUGGAGCCUCCAUUUGUACCUGAUCCACGAGCUGUCUACUGCAAAGAUGUGCUGGAUAUUGAACAGUUCUCCACUGUGAAGGGGGUGAACCUCGACCAGACAGAUGAUGAUUUCUACUCAAAGUUUGCGACUGGCUGUGUUUCUAUUCCCUGGCAAAAUGAGAUGAUAGAAACUGAAUGUUUUAAGGAACUGAAUGUAUUUGGUCCAAAUGGAAGUCUACCUCAGGACCUCGAUAGGAGUUAUCUGCCCGAACCACCCAAACGAAGUCUACUUCAAAGACUUUUCCGGCGGCAGAAUCAUCAUAAUCAUUCAAACAGCACUACAGGUGUGAAGGCCCAUUCCAAUCAUCAUGUGGAUUAUCACCAAGCUAAUUCAAACUCUGGAGGAAACAGCUAGUCUCAGCUCAUCGUUUGUAUGGUGAAUCUUGGUAUUCUUCAAUUUUCCCCAUCUUACUGGAACUAUUUAGUGGGAACACGCCAGUUCCUGAUAGGGUAACCAUUCCACAUGACAGAGCUGCUCCGUUUUCUUUGCUCUAGCCGCCUCACUUCCUCUCAGGUCUGUCUUGGAGGUUGGGAUCAUGAUGUUCGAAACAAGAUGGUGUCUCCUUAGAAUAUCGCAAUAGCAAAUCAAUGAAAAUGGCUACUUGCACGUAUUUAAGAAAAUAGCAUUUACUAGAACUGUAUUUUGUCUUUAUUAAAAAAAAGGUUUUGUAAAUUUCUCUAUAACUGUCUUGGUUUACAUUUUGUACAUUUGUAUUUAAAGCAAGUCAGAACAGGAUGUAAAUUUUCUGUCCAGCAACUACAAGGCCAUGUGCUGAUUCCACAAUGAACAUCUUACUUAUUUUUUAUGAAUUGUGAUUUAAGACUUCCUCCGCAUUUAACAGUGAAAGAGAACUUCUUAACUCUGCAAUAGAACAUUUUUUCAUAUCUUUUGCCAUAUCUGCAGUCAUUUUAUAUUUUUGUAGUUUGUUAUAGCUUGGAAUUUUAUUAAAUAUCCCUCUUUCAUUUGUAUUGUUUUUUCAUUUUAUUUUUAUUUAACAAGUGCAUCUUUCCUAUAAUUUAUAUGUAAGUGACAUUUUAAUCUGAGUGAAUGUAUCCUAGAUUUCUUUUGAAGAACUUUUCUUAGCACAUAUUCUUUAUCAAGGAUGUUUUUCAAUGUGAAAAUACUCAAUUGAGGGGGAACAUCAUUAGGUUUACUUUGCCAUGAUUAACGGUACAUUCGGUUGAACCCUUACACCACUUAAACAUAUCAUUAACGUUGGGAUGGAUAAACACCAUGUGUUCCCAGUUAGGUGUGAUCUGAAUGAAACAUCUCAGUUAAAUGCAAAUAGGAAAGUUCAAAGGUUCAAAGGCUCAUUUACUAUGAAAGUAUGAAUACAGUAUACAACUCAAAUUCAUCUUCUCCAGUUAGCCGCAAAACAAAGAAACUCGUGGAAGUCAGUUCAAAGAGAAACAGCAAACCUACCCCCUGCACAAAAAAAAGAAUGGCAUCUUUUGAUCAUCAACCCCCCCCCCUACCACACACUGUUUGCAUUGCUAGUUAGGUGAAUGAAGCAUGUGUUGAAUGCAAAUAGAAAUGGAUGGCAGCUUCUGCUCUGGAAUAUUAGCAUAAUGUGUCAUGUUGUUGAAGCACAGAUAAUUGGCUGUUAGUUCCUAUUUGGUCUGCAUGCCUCAUCUCAGGCACUUCGCAGAGGCAAAGCUGAAGUGGAAGCAAGGUCAUUUCUUUUGGCGGAAAAAGAUAAGUGAGCCAAUCUUCUCAGACUGCCUAAGGAUUGUCCUAGACAUGGGCUCAGGUUGCCAGAUUGGGCUGCUUAAAGUGGAUGAGAAUUAAUGAGAGAAAACAAAAGCAAUCUCAAUUGGAAACCUUUCCCUCUCAACCCAUUACCAACAGAGUUGGGUUGUGUGGAUAAAAGGAUUAAUUAAAGUGCAAAGCAGUAGUUUUCGAACAAUAUCCAGUUGAUAUGUUCCUUAGGAUACUGGGGAUCUCAUACAGCCUUAACAAAGCCCCAGGCUGUUUUAUUUUACAUGAUGUGCAUUUUUAAUAUUCUGUCAAUCAAUUAAUCAAUCAUACCUUUUAGCUUACUUGGAGUCUGCGGCUACACACCAGCAAGAGGGCCCAAUGAGAAUUAAUCUAUUCCUCUUUAGAGAAAACUAUGUAUAUACGUACAUGAUAAAAUAGGUAGUAUUACAUAUGAUUGUAGUAAAUUUAUAAAUUUACUUCACUCCCUAUAUUUUGAUCCAUUUUUAUUUGCCCUAGUCUUAAAACGUGUUGCAAGUCAUAAUGAUUUCAAUGUUAGUCGUACUUCAAAGAGUUAAGCGUAUUAACGCGAUUUCUGUUGCUGUUUGUGAGGAGGUUGUGUAGUGUACAGUCAGAAAGGAAUAAUCAGAUGUGGUGUAAGGGUUAAAUCUAACAAUAUGAACAUAUAUUAAUAUCCAUAAACAUUUACCUAGUGGGGAGAAUGUCCUUAUCAUUAAUGUACAGUCAAUUCCUGUUACUUGAAUAGUCAUUUAAAUGUCAAAAUUGUACUUAAUUACCAGAGGUUGACAGAAAAACUUAGUAAGACUAUUCUUUUAGCCAAAUCCCCUGCACAUUUUAAUCACAAUGGAAUGUUUUAUGAAUAUGAUUUAUUUUAUAUUCUUUUAAAUUUGCUGUGAUUUAAAUAAGUGUCAAGUAAUGUUUCAUUACAAUUGAAUUGUAAAAUUAAGCAAUUGAGGUAUUCAUAUUCACUUAACAGGAAUUUACAACUUUCAUUAAUAAAAAUGAAACAGCAAAAAAAUUGUGCUUUUUACUGA